AUGCAUUUUGAGACCGCUACUUCCGACCAAGUCACGCUGAACGAAAAUGGAUCAAAUCCGCUCGAGGUCAAUGGACUGUGUCUCAUGUCUUUGGACGGUGGAGGCGUGAGAGGAUUAUCAAGUCUCUACAUUCUCAAGGAUAUCAUGAACCAACUUAAUUUAGAGCGGCAGGACGGCAGAACCCUGAAACCAUGCGAUGUCUUCGACUUGAUUGGAGGUACCAGCACAGGCGGGCUUAUUGCUAUCAUGCUCGGACGAUUGGAGAUGGGCGUGGACGACUGUAUCAAAGCAUACAGCCAGCUGAUGAGUUCUGUCUUCAGCGAGAAGGCCAACAAUCUUCCAGUGGAUUGGUCCGGCAACAUAAAGGCACAAUACGAGAGCAAAAAGCUUAGAGCCGCAAUCGAGGAUGUUAUUAUCCGGUCUGGGUCAUCACCUACUGAUCCUAUGGAUGACGGAAACACAGACCGCUGCAGGGUUUUCGUUUGCACAACAUCUAAAGAAACACUUCAAAUUGCCAGGCUUCGGAGUUAUAAUGUUCCAAACGAGGAUGCAAUUGCAGCGACAAUUUGUGAAGCGGCUUUAGCAACGUCUGCUGCAACACGAUUCUUUGACCCAGUCACUAUUGGAGACCGGCAAUUUGUUGAUGGCGCAUUUGGCGCAAACAACCCUAUUGAAGAGGUUGAAGAAGAAGCUGCCGAUAUCUGGUGCCCUACAAGCCGAAAUUUGAAGCCUCUCGUCAAGUGUAUUGUUUCUGUUGGUACAGGCGAUCCCGGACAAGGGGCUAUCGAUGACAAUUUUCUCAACUUCCUUUCGAAAACUUUGGUUAGAAUGGCCACAAAGCCUGAAAGCACUGAAAGGCGCUUUCUGGCCCGCUGGAGCAACGAGUACAGACAGCAUCGCUACUUUCGGUUUAAUGUCGAUCAUGGUUUGCAAGAUGUGCGGAUGACCGAAUAUGACAAGAGAAGUUUGAUCGAGUCUGUAACUCACGAUUAUCUUCACCACUCUGUCCAGAAAGCCCAUAUUCGGGACUGCAUACUGAAUUUGGAGUAUUCAUCUCGAGCAUUUCGCCAGCGCAUCCUCAAGGAUGUCGAUUCGUCGAACAAUCCUUUCUUGAGUCGAACAGCGCCAUGUUGGGUUGUGCCCUUUGAGAGAAACUCACGAUUUGUGGACCGAGAGUUCUUGGGUAAGAUAAAACGAAAGCUUUUUAUUACAGAUAAGCAUCAAGGAAUUGUCCUCUAUGGCCUUGGUGGCGUGGGCAAAACUCAAAUUGCCCUGGAACUUGCGUACCAGACAAGAGACCAAUGGCCAGACUGUUCAAUUUUCUGGAUUCCAGCAGUGGAUCGGGAGACCUUUGAACAGGCAUAUCAAAAUAUUGCCAAGGAGCUUAAAAUUCCCCUGUACGAUGAUGGGAAUCAGGAUGUCAAGGCCUUGGUGCAAAAGUGUCUGAAUCAACCCGGAACAGGCCGGUGGCUGCUGAUCUAUGACAACGCGGACGAUAUUGAUAUGUGGGCUGGAAGUACAACAGAGUCGGCCACAAAUGGACUCAAAGAAUUUCUUCCCAUGAGUGAUCAAGGUGCGAUUUUAUUCACAACACGCAGCCAUAGAGUUGCCCAGCACUUGUCGACCACCAAUAUCAUUGAGGUUCCGGAAAUGGAUGAACACAGGGCUUCUCGAGUAUUGCGAAACUCGCUGGUCAACAAGGAGCUCCUCAACGACAGAAAAGCAACACAAGAUCUCCUAGUCCGCCUAACUUUCCUUCCCUUGGCUAUAGUUCAGGCUGCUUCCUUCAUUAACGAGAACAAACUGGAUUUUGGCAGCUAUAUUACACUACUGGAUGGGCAGGAGCAAGAGUCCAUUGACCUUCUAAGUGAGGAUUUCGAGGAUGAAGGUCGAUACAAAAGCAUCAGAAAUCCUGUCACCACUACAUGGCUUACAUCCUUUGCUCAAAUCCGGAAACAAGACCCCCUGGCGGCGGAUUAUCUGGCGUUCAUGGCCUGUAUCAAUCAUCGGGAUAUACCAUUGUCGCUACUCCCACCCGCUCCGCAGCUGAAAUUUGUAAAAGCCAUUGGAAUUCUCAGUUCCUAUUCAUUUAUCCGUGUGCGGCAUAAGGAUGGACUUUUGGACAUGCAUCGCUUGGUGCACCUUGCGAUGAGAAAUUGGGUGAGGUCAGCCGGUUCCCUGGAGAAUUUGCAAAGAGAUGUUCUGCAGGAAAUUGACCACCGUUAUCCAAGGUAUGAACCUCUUAACCGAACUGUAUGGCGAUCAGUAAUGCCCCAUGCCCUUCAUGUUCUCGAUCUUGCGGCAAACAAUGAGGAUACGGUGGUGAAAUCGUCUCUUCUUCACAAGGUUGCUAUCUGCACCUUCCAUGAUGGUCGACUUUCCGAGGCUCAGAAACUUGCUCUUAAAGCCUCUGAAAUCUCGAAGCGCUCUCUCGGCGCAGAACAUCCCGACACCUUAUCAUGUUUGAGUAAUUUGGCUACAAUAUACGGUGGACAAGGCCUCCUCUUCAAGUCGCUCAAGUUACAUGAAGAGAUACUUGAGCAUUCGAAGAAGUCGUUAGGAUCUGACCAUCCAGACACACUGAGAGCUAUGGCAAGAAUAGCUUUCCAGGCUCGUGAGACAGGAGAUCUACAAAAGGCCGAAGAGCUUGGCAGUCAGGUAAUCAGGCACUACCUCAAAACUCCAGGGCUUUAUGACGUUAAUACUCUUUCUGCCAUAUCCGACAUGGCUUUGGUCUAUAAACUCCAAGCACGACUGCAUGAUGCGACAGAGCUAGGCUUGCAAGCUUUGAAUAUCACGAAAAGAGUGCUGGGACCUGACGAUCCUCAUACUAUCGCUGCCAUGUGCCACUUGGCAAAUUGUUUCGGAGAACAGUGGCGAUUACAGGAAUCGGAGGAAUUGAAUCUGGAUGCGUUGGAGAGGAACAAAAGGGUCCUUGGGCUUGAGCAUCCUAACACCCUUAAGUCCAUGAAUAUUCUGGCCCGCACAUUGAAGCUGCAAAACCGCGAUGCAGAAGCAAUUGCAACCAUGACCGGGUGUGCACAACUGUGUGAGCAAGUCUUUGGCGCAGAUAAUCCUUAUACCAUGGCUUGUUGUUAUGCAUGGCUCAACGAGUGGACAAAGCCUAAGUAA